GGGUGCUGGGGGUCAGCAGUGCUGCGUCCCGUGUCAGUUUCCCUGGUGGUUUCGGUAGCGACUGAUUCCCAGAGCGGCCCCGAAGCUGGCUGACCGGCCGAGGUCUUGCCGUGAGCCCUGUGUGUAUGGUAGCAGGUUGUAAUGGCUAUAAAUGAGACAGACAGCUGCAGGAAGUGCUGUGACCUCGAGAUCGUGCCCUGGUGACGACAAGGAAUCAACACCGCAGACUCGGGAGUUGAGCACUUCAAACAACCCCAUUUAUUAGUAAUACUCCCUAACCGGGGACCAGUUCCAAGAAAGGAUACCAAGUGACAAGGUGCUCACAGACACAUAAUGUCAAUAGUCCGUUCAUCCGUCCACGCCAAAUGGGUUGUGGGGAAGGUGAUUGGUACAGCCAUGAUAAAAACGGCUAAAGUAAGAGCGACCAGACUUGUUUUGGAUCCCUACUUACUGAAGUACUUUAAUAAACGGAAAACCUACUUUGCUCACGAUGCCCUUCAGCAGUGCAGCGUCGGGGACAUCGUGCUCCUCAGAGCUUUGCCCGUCCCACGAUCGAAGCACGUGAAGCACGAACUGGCUGAGAUCAUCUUCAAAGUCGGCCGAGUUAUCGACCCGGUCACCGGAAAGCCCUGUGCAGGAACUGCCUACCUAGAGAGCCCCCUCAGCGAACCUCAGGAGGAGCUCAAGGUCUCCUGAACCUAGGAAAGGAGGAGCCAGAGGCAUUUCUGUCUGUGUGUUUUGCUCAAUGGUUUUCAGUACUAACUGUUUCUCCUGUGACAUUAAAAGUCGUCAGCAAAGUAAAGAGCUUAGUGCUCCAGACAGGUUUGCAUCCUUUUUCAGAUUCUCUGAACUGCAGGUACUCAUUACUCUGUAUGCCUAAGGAUGCUGCAUCAUUUUGUGAGCUCUCUGUCCUAGAUCGUAUGUAUUGUCUCAUUGUUCAUUGCCUCCCCCAAAGAAAUCUUGGACUUAGCACCUUUAUUUUGAAAGAAGAAAACCUUUUGAUAAUGACAUAAAAGGCUGAACUUAGUUUUGGCAGCUUGAUUUUUCAAAAUUUAUUGUGUGUAUCCACGAUGCCUGUGUGGGCACACCUGUGCCACGGCACGCACACUGUGGCAGCCAGAGGACAGCUUUGUGGAGUCGGGUCUCCUUUCACUCUUACAUGGUUCCCAGUAACACCCCUGUACCCACUGAGCCAUCCUAUUGGCACUGAGUUUUAAUGAUUCAUAUUCAAAGUAAA